UUUCAAUCACAGUCUAAAUUGUGCAUAUCACGGCCAGUAGUCUGUCGUGUAUCAAUAAUGGACUUUACUGGAGGGGUAUCACCGUCGAUAUCACUAUCUGACGAUGGGACAUAUGCGGCCCAGAUUAAUGGAAAAGAAAUUUUCGUCCAUCUCAAUCCAACCUCAUCACAAUUCAAGGAUGUACAAACCGUCAAGGUCAAAGAAAACACCACCAAAUUCUUAAAAUUCUCACGACAAGAGCCUGUCUCAUCGCCCGGGGACAAUCGGGAGCCCGGAAGACGCUUGCUUCAUGCAAGCGAUACGCGUCUCCUCGUUUGGCAGCUCGAUCCGCUAGACCUGCAUGCUGAAAUCGAAAGUCUCGAGCCGGGGUUCAUGAACAUCGAUUUCGGCGGCGACUCCAACGAGGUCAUCGUCUUCCACGCAUGGAACACCAAAUUAACCAUUUUUGGGCUAGACACUGGUCACAGCCAGGUUAUCAAGAGUCCGAAAUUCGCCCACUAUUAUGGCUUCGGCUACCGGCCGAGGACCCGAGAAUUGGCGGUUCUCCUCAAGCCCGACACUACAGACAUCCUCACGAUUCACGGGUAUCGAUCCUAUGAAGUGAUUGGGCGCUCGGUACUCCCUACAGUUGAUGCGCAGGGCUUGAAGUGGAGCCCGGAUGGGCGAUGGAUUGCCGUUUGGGAUGCUGCUAGCUGCGGCACCAAGGUUUUGAUCUUCACGGCUGAUGGACAGCUGUUUAGAACGUACACUGGUCCUCCGGGGGUGGACGAUUCCUUUGAUCUAGGCGUCCGAGGCCUUGAAUGGGGACCUGUCGAUGGUGGAAGAGGUGCGUCAGAGUAUCUGGCUGUUGCAAAGGUUGAUGGAUCAGUCGACUUGCUGAGCACCAAAACCUUUUCCUGCUCGACCUCCCUCUCGCACAGUUUCCAGAUCGACCAACACCCCCCAACCGUCUGGAGCGAACGAUACGCCAACGACGGCAGUCUCGAAUACGGCGAUUGUUCCGGGCCCCAAGCAUUCAGCAUCAUCACAGAGCCAACGGGCUCCCCACGGGGCGUCUCCCUGAUCGCAUUCAACUCUAACGGCAACCUUCUAACGACAGUUGACCAAAACCGGCCAAACAUCGUAUGGAUCUGGGAGCUGGGACAGACGACCGCUCUGGUCUCGAUAUUGGUCCAUGAACACCCUGUUAGACAGAUAGUGUGGCAUCCUUCGCAAACGCGAUUACUUACCACCACAUCCAAUAGUGCCGUGGCUGCUGUUCGCCACUGGUGCCCUUCCCGCCAACCUUCAAUUAAUCCGGUCCAUGCUGCUCACAGUGAUAGUGGGAGGUAUGAUGUGCGGUGGCUUCCGCCGGCGUUGGAUGAGGAUGAUGCGCCGGCAAUAUGGUUCGGGACGCAGGAAGAAUACGUGCUUGGGCAAAUUGGGGAUGAUGGGUUUACAUUGUUGAAUGCUAUUAGCAAUAAGGGAGGGGCUAAUAAAUGAUCUGCCUAUCAAUCAUUAAUG